AAAUGCGGUUCUGAUUUGUUUUAUACAAUUGCCAAGCAGAAUUGUGUGUACCAUAAAACGUUGUAAACGCUCGGCAUUCAAUUGGAACCAUUUUUCAACAAAAAUUAUUCAGUUUGAAUAAAAUUCAGUCUUUGACAAGUUGAAAAUAAUUUUCACAAGUGUGCACUACAAAUCAGCGGCAUUUGAACUCAUGUAAAUACCUUUCGUUUUGACCACAAACAGCAGCCUGAUCUAAACAACUGAAAAACAAUCUCAUCAAUCAGCGAAACAGAUUUGAAAUCGAUUAGAUUGAACUCAGGAAUAGCAAAUCAAAAUGACCACUUUUGAAACCAUGUUCGGCGAAACUCUCGUCAAAAACGACAAAUCCGAAUUCAAAACAUCCGAAUUGUCGACGAAAAAAGGCGGAGUUGUCGGCGUAUAUUUCUCGGCUCAUUGGUGCCCGCCUUGUCGUGGAUUCACACCCGAAUUCGCCGAAAUUUACAAUAAGAUAAAAGCCGAAGACAAGGACUUCGAAGUCGUUUUUGUGUCGUCUGAUCGAGAUGAAACUGCGUUCGCCGAGUACCACGCUGAAAUGCCUUGGCUUGCAUUGCCUUACGACAAAAGAGACAAAAAAGAAGAGCUCUCAGAAAAGUUUGGAGUUGAAGGAAUUCCAACUCUGGCACUGCUGGACGCUGAAACGGGGGAAACUAUAACAAGCGAUGGGCGAACCUAUAUUUCAGAGUUCGGCGCGCCUGGAUUUCCUUUUUCAGAAGAGCAUAUUACAAAUCUGAAAAAGGAAGUAGCAGAAAAGAAGGAAAAACAACUGUUGGAAAUAGCUGAAGACAUAAAGUCGUUCACAAAAUUGGCCGAAAUCAAAGACGGUUCAGAAGUUGGAGAUCUGACAGCCAGUGAAGCGUUGGCAUUUGGCUUCUUCAAAGGUGAAGGGUGCCGCGGAAGCGAAGCUGUGAUCCCAUCUCUCGUAGAGGCUCAAACGAAACUGGGAUCCUCAAAACUGGCAAUUGUUGUAGUCUCAGUGCAAGGAGAAUCCGGACCCGAUUUUUCAGAAAGUCAAGCUGAAAAACUUAAAUCAGUGCCUGUCAUACCCAAAGGAGAAAAGGCUGACGGUGUCGUGAAAAAAUUCGAACCGGUUCUCGGGAAAAUCGAGGCACCGCAUGUUGUGAUAAUCGACGUUAGGGAUCCCAGCUCUGUCAAAUUGCUUGCCGAAGACGCAGCAAGGGACGUCUACAUGAUGGGCACAGACGCAUACCCUUGGUCGGAAGCUGCUAUUGAAGCCGCAGAUGAGGCAAAAGAACGAAAGAAGCUAGAACUGAAAGCUAAACUGAAGAACUUUGAAGUUUUCGAACCUUCAGAUACGUGUCAUAUUGUGGACAAGGCGAAAAAUCCGGUUGCGCUAGACCAUUUGACAUCAAAGGACAUUGUUGGAAUCUACUUCAGCGCGCACUGGUGCGGCCCUUGCCGUGGCUUCACUCCAAAAUUGGUUGAGUUUUACAAGAAAUGUCAAGACGAGGGGAAGAAGUUUGAGGUAAUUUUUGCCAGCUCCGAUCGAAAUCAAGAGGAGUUUGACUCGUAUUAUGAAGAAAUGCCAUGGUGCACUUUGGACUUCAAAGACAGAGAGUUGAAAGGGAUCUUGUCGGAGAUAUUUGACGUUUCGGGUAUUCCCACUCUAGUUCUUCUGAAGGGUAAUGGAGAAGUGAUCACGACAGAUGGAACAGCGAAAAUAGGGAGUGAAUGCGAUCUGUUUGCAGAUGCGGCUUAAACAAGUUAUAUAGCAAAUUAAGCGACUAACUAAGCUAAUGUAUAACUAAAUUGAUAAUUGUGAAUAACUUUGUAUCUUCAACAUUUUAAUGAAUGGUUAUCUAAUGGUUUAUAUACGCUAUACCUAAAGUUAGUUAUAUCUGUCAUACUGUUUGGUGCAUUUAUUUUUAAAAUAAAUUAUUUAAUAAUAAAUAAUUCGGAAACCAA